AUGUCUGAUGCCAAUUCCUCUAUUAUCAAUGGUGGCUGCUUCUGCGGGGCUGCCAGAUAUCAAGUAACUGGCCGACCAAUACUCAGUGCAUACUGUCAUUGCACGUUGUGCCAAAGGUUAAACGCUUCUGCCUUUAUUCUCAGCGUCCAUUUCUCUUCUACCAAUUUUUCUUGGACGCAUGAUGAGCCACACCUCAAUUCUAUCGAAUCAUAUUCCGUCAGUACAAAACCCUGGAAGAUACGCUGGCGUUGUAAGAAUUGCGGAUGCUGCAUAGCAAGCAACAAUCUCCAGAAUAAUAAAUGGAGCGUCUAUGGGGGUCAAUUUGAUCGUGAUGAAAAUGGCAAAAUCAUUGGAUGGGAGACAAUCAAACCAACCGCCCAUAUUUUCUACGAAACAAAGAUGAUCGACAUUCAAGAUGAUUUAGGAAAGUGGGCUGGAUAUGAGGGCGUAUCAGAAAGGCUGGCCUGA